GAAAAAUUGUAUCUUGAAGUUAAUGAUAACACUCUUGAAUGUAAUUUCAUAAUUCACAUGGUAGCCAGAUUUUUUCUGACAAAACAUUUAACCGAGAUUAUUUGGGAAUUCAUUGGCAAAGUACAUUUCAACAUAUAAAUAGCAUGUGCACAACUUUUCAGAUAUAUCUAAAAUAUAUAAGGCAGAGAAUUAACUAGUUGCUUUGUUUCUACUAGUAGAUUUUGAAGCUUUACUGGAAACAUUUGAAAGCUACUUUUUCCGUAAAUUCCGCUCUUAUUUGUCCACUUCCAUAAGAAUAGGGAACAAGGUGGUUAGCCCUGUCAUUCCUUCUCAAGUCCAACCAGUGACUUUACUGUUAGUAUCUAUCUUUGCAUGCUUACACUUUACUGUCAUUGCCUCUUUUACUUAUCUCCAGAGGAUCCCAAGGUUGGAGUAAGCAAAAAAUAGCUUUUGUUUCAUAAGAAGCAGAAAACUAAAUGAAAUUGUAUUGGUCAAAAUGGUUUUCCAUUGCUAGAUACAUCCCGUUAGUUUUGUGGCUAAUAACACAGUUAGAACUACUAUUGUGUAUUUGCUGUGUGUCAGGCAGUGAUUUAACAGCUUUACAUAUUUAACCCAAUCAUUCAACAACUCUGUGAGGGAAGUACAAUAAAAUUUUAUGCCAAUGUGCCUGGAAGUGAGGUGAAUUUGGAAAUAACACAAUUGGUGCCUGUCUUCAGAGGGCACCAGAGAAGUGAGUCCUCUGGUCUCCACUAUUGGCCUGGCUGAGUUUCUCAGAUUUAAGCUGUCAAAAGGAGUUCUAGCUACACUGGAAAUUCUUGGGUUCACUGCCUCUUGGCUUCAAGUUUCAGCUAGAUAUAGGACCUAGGAUGGUUCACAUGGAUGUUGCUGCUGGAGCAGACAACUGCCUCCAGCUGGUACAUGCUGUAGUACCCUAUGCCUAGAUCUCUCGCCUGUCUAGUGUGCCUUGAUCAUUUUAUUAGUUCCCAUCUCUUCCAUAUCAACCAACAUUUCAUGUGACUAACACUAAGUAAAACAGACCUUCUGAAGAUGAACAAUAGACUAUUUAAUGGGAUUGAAUGUUAAUUUAAAAGAAAAUUGUAAUCCCAAAGUAGGAGAUUGUAACACUUAAGGAAUUUGACCCAUUUAAAGUAUAUAAGAAGUCUGUUUAUGUAAACUUAGUUUUCACUUCUUUAGCCAUAGUAGUUCUAUAUAGUGCCUUUCCAUUCUGGCAAACUGCAGGAGCCUAUUAAUUUAUGAGUGUUAGACCUAGUUUUCUUCCCCAGUGCACAGAAUCUUGCAUAUAAUAGGCUUUCAUUAUAAGUUGGUUGGUUGAAUUGUUUUCAAAGUCUUACUAAAAGUAUACCUGUUCCAUAAGGUAUUUCUCUUUCCAUAAACCAAAUCUUUGUGUAUUCUUUGAUACUGAUUUUUUUGCCUUUCUUUUUUUUUUAAUUUUAUUUUUUAAUUUUAAAUAUAUAUUUAUUUUGGGAGAGCGCAAGUGGGGAAAGAGCAGAGAGGGGGACAGAGGAUCUGAAGCGGGCUCUGUGCUGACAGGCUGACAUCAGCAAGCCCUAUGUGGAGCUCCAACUCAAAAACCAUGAGAUCAUGACCUGAGCCAAAGUUGGAUGCUCAACCGACUGAACCACCCAAGUGCCCUGAGUUUUUAACUUUUGAAAGUAAUCUGUACACCCAACAUAAAGCUCAAACUCAGAACCCCAAGAUCAAGAGGUACAUGCUCCACGGAAUGAGGCAGCCAGGUAUUUUAACAGUAGUGAUAACAAUUUACAAUAUUGGGGAUUGGAUUAUCCACCUCUUACAGCCUAUCAUAGUCUUUUAUGUGCAUAUGUGGCAAAGUUUAUAAAUCCAGACUGGAUUGCUCUCCAUACAUCACGUGGAUAUGAAAGUCAGGCACAUAAGCUCUUUAUGCGUACCACAGUGUUAAUUGCUGACUUGCUGAUUUAUAUACCAGCAGUAGUUUUAUACUGUUGUUGUUUAAAAGAAAUCUCAACUAAGAAAAAGGUUGCUAAUGCAUUAUGCAUAUUGCUGUAUCCAGGCCUUAUUCUUAUCGACUAUGGACAUUUUCAAUAUAAUUCUGUGAGUCUUGGCUUUGCUUUGUGGGGUGUUCUUGGAGUAUCUUGUGACUGGGACCUGCUAGGCUCGUUGGCAUUUUGCUUAGCUAUAAAUUAUAAACAGAUGGAACUUUACCACUCUUUGCCAUUUUUUUGCUUUUUACUCGGCAAGUGUUUUAAAAAAGGCCUGAAAGGAAAGGGGUUUGUAUUGUUAAUUAAGCUAGCUUGUACAGUUGUAGCUUCCUUCAUUCUCUGCUGGCUGCCAUUCUGUACAGAAAGGGAGCAAACACUGCAAGUUCUAAGAAGACUCUUCCCAGUUGAUCGUGGAUUGUUUGAGGAUAAAGUAGCCAAUAUUUGGUGCAGCUUCAGUAUCUUUCUGAAGAUCAAGGAAAUUUUGCCACACCACUUCCAGAUAAUAAUCAGAUACUGCUACCAAGAAAACAAAUGUUUUAUUUUUAUUCGUUUUUUUAGCUUUUGUUUUACAUUUUUGAGCCUGCUUCCUGCAUGUGUAAAAUUAACACUUCAGCCCUCUUCCAAAGGAUUCAGAUUUACUCUGGUUAGCUGUGCACUAUCAUUCUUUUUAUUUUCUUUCCAAGUACAUGAAAAGUCCAUUCUCUUGGUAUCAUUACCAGUCUGCUUAGUUUUAAGUGAAAUUCCUUUUAUGUCUACCUGGUUUUUACUUGUGUCAACAUUUAGUAUGCUACCUCUUCUACUGAAGGAUGAACUCCUAAUGCCCUUAGUUGUGACAACGAUCGCAUUUUUUAUAGCUUGUGCAACUUCCUUUUCAAUAUUUGAAAAGACUUCUGAAGAAGAACUUCAGUUGAAAUCCUUUUCCCUUUCUGUUAGGAAAUAUCUUCCAUGUUUUACAUUUCUUUCCAGAAUUAUACAAUAUUUGUUUCUUAUCUCAGUCAUCACUAUGGUACUUCUGACACUGAUAACUGUCACACUGGAUCCUCCUCAGAAAUUACCGGACUUAUUUUCUGUAUUGGUUUGUUUUGUAUCCUGCUUACAUUUCCUGUUCUUCUUAGUCUACUUUAACAUUAUAAUCAUGUGGGAUUCCAAAAGUGGGAGAAAUCAGAAGAAAAUCAACUAGGUACAUCUGCAAACACGUGAAAAUAUUAACAGUGCUUAAACGGUUUUUGAACUUUUUGCUGUGUAUAAAUAAAAUUAUCAUUUUGAGGAUCAUGGAAUUACAGGAAAAAGAUGGUGAAAAGUCAUUGUUGUCUAUACAGAAUAAAUCUAUAUGGGAUCCAAGCCCAGUGGAGGCUUUUAUUUUCUAACUAUUGAGUGGCCAAGACAUACUGUAGUUUUAUAAUAUUCAGUUAUCCAAGUGGGAAAAUAAGAGAAAAUGCCCUUAAUCCCAGUAUUUACUCAGGAAAUAUACAAGUUGUUGUCUUAAAGAAAAUCUGCAAAUCCAGUGAACUUACUGGGAGAAUUUAACCCUUCUUUUUAAAGGAAAUUACUAAUUUUGGUAUUUAAAUUUCAUUUUCCUUCCUUGGAAUACAAGUAAUGUGUAUUUCAUUCUUUAGAUAUCUAUCUCAGGGUUUAAAUUUGUGACAAUCUUUUAAAUGACUGUGAGAAGGCAAUUUAAACUGCUUGAAGUUUGAACAUGCCUCAUUACAUGGUACAAAUUUGAAUUUCUUUUUAACAGGCAGAGAGGUUAAACCAUGUUCUUAUUUUUUCCAAAAUGCCGAUUUACUUAAAUGCAAUUUAACAGUGAAUUUUCUUGAAUUUAAAUCUAAGUGGUUUGAGUGAUGUCUUUUUAAUUACUCAUGAUCACUAGUUCUAAACUUCCAGGAUCAUUCUGUUUAAGUUAAAUGGUCUUAUGCAGGAUUUCAUCCUUCUGAUCUUUUUAUUGUUGUUGUGACGUGGUUCAGGAUAACCACUUCCAUAGCAUUGAUUCAUAUCAUGUUUCAUAUUGACUUGGCUCUGUUAAUAAUGUAUCAUUCUAUAUUAGGAGAAGCUCAUCUUUACUAUCAUAUUCAAUUGGUAAAAAUAAUGUAUCAUAUCGAUGUUAUAGUUUCUUAUGUAAAGAUGUGUUGUCUAGAUGUGUUGUCUUUACUCUCUGUGAUAAGAAUAAAACAAUUAUUUUCA